GAGGGGCGAGCGCCCCCUGGCGGCGGGACGGGCGGGAGGGCGGCCCCGCUCCCGGCCCCGGCCCCGGUUCUGCUCCCGGUCCUGCUCCUUGUCCCGGUCCUGCUCCCGGCCCCGGUGGCCCCGGAGCGCCGUCCGUGCCACCAUGAGCUCCGAGACCCUUGUCAAGGACGUCAAGCCCGGCCUCAAGAACCUCAACCUCAUCUUCAUCGUGCUGGAGACCGGCCGGGUGACCAAGACCAAGGACGGCCACGAGGUCAGGACGUGCAAGGUGGCCGACAAGACCGGCAGCAUCAACAUCUCCGUGUGGGACGACGUGGGCAACCUCAUCCAGCCCGGGGACAUCAUCCGCCUCACCAAGGGCUACGCCUCCGUCUUCAAGGGCUGCCUGACGCUCUACACCGGCCGAGGGGGGGAUCUGCAGAAGAUUGGAGAGUUCUGCAUGGUUUACUCCGAGGUGCCCAACUUCAGCGAGCCCAACCCCGAGUACGCGGCGCAGCAGGGCCAGGGCAAGGGGGCCCCUCCCGACAGCUCCACCCCGCCGGCUCCGCAGCCCCCCCCGGGCCCCCCCCGCCGCCCCCGCAGCCCCCGAGAGCCAGAACGGGAACGGGCUGAGCCCGGGGGGCCCCCCCCGCGCACCCCCCCGAGCGGCCGCAGCACCCGCAGCCAGCCCGGGCCCGUCAGCAACGGCAAGGAGACGCGCCGGAGCGGCAAGAGAUAGCCGGGACCCCCCCGGGACCCCCCCGGGACCCCCCCGGGACAUCCCCGGUACCGCCACAACCGGGGGGUCCCCGGUUCCCCCAACCCGCGGCGAGGAGGGGGUGCCCGGUGUCCCCCCCCCGGGGCUGGUCCGGAUCCCGCUCCGGUGCUCGGGGGUCCCGGGAGGGGCGGAUCUGCCCGGUCCCCCCCCCCCUCGGAACCCCCCGGGACCCCCCCCGGGACCCCACCCCGGUACCGGGGGGUCCCCGGUUCUUCAAACCCUCAACAGAAAAAGCAUUCCCGGUGUCCCCCCCGGGGCUGGUCCGGACCCUCCUCCGGUGCCCGGGGGUCCCGGGAGGGGUGGAUCUGCCCGGGACCCCCCCUCGGGACACCCUCGGGACCCCCUCGGAAUCCCCCGGGACCCUCCCGGUACCGAGGGAUCCCCGGUUCCCCAAACCCUCCACGGGAAAAGGGCUCCCGGUGUCCCCCCGGGGCUGGUCCGGACCCUCCUCCGGUGCCCGGGGGUCCCGGGAGGGGCGGCUCUGCGCGGUCCCCCCCCUUGGAACCCCCCGGAAUCCCCCGGGACCCCCCAGGACCCCCCCCCCCCGGUACCGGGGCGUCCCCGGUUCCCCAAACCCUCCACGGGAAAAGGGCUCCCGGUGUCCCCACCCGGUGCCGGUCCCGACCCCGCUCCGGUUCCCGGGGGUCCCGGGGGGUCCAUCCCGUGUGUCCCCCCCCCACUCGGGGGGGGUUAAUAAAGAACCGAGCUGUG